AUGAAUAACUACAUCAGCCAAUACUACAGUGAGCCCAGCAGCGACAUGGGUAUCCCAGACCCAGCCGCCAGAGUCAUCACAGCCAUAGACGUGCAUCUGCCCACCAACCCCAGCCAGCUCCCCUCCACCCUGGUGAGCGCCGAGGCCAUGAGCUCGGGCCGUCUCCAGACCACAGAGAGCUCCGUCAGCGAGGCCUCCAGCAUAGACUGUAGCAGCACCGUGCGAGAAGCCUCCACGUCCACCGACUACCCACCGCCCUACAGCAGCCCCCUGGUGCGAGGCAGUCCCAGCGCCGUGCCCAACGGGUCCAACAAGAGCAGUCCUGAGCUGGAACACAGGCUCAACAUCUACAACAAGAACCAGGAGAGAGCUCUGCACGGGAAAGCCCUGAUCCAGCUGCAGAGCCACGAGCCGCUGGUGGACGAGAAGCACAGACUGAUGGAGCCGCUGCACGCCUCGCUGAAGCGCCUCUCCAAGACAUGA